AUGUCCAAAUGCACCGAAUCUGCCACCUUCUCCGCUGACCUUGUUCUCUUGCCUUGCCUCGCAUCUGAGCCCACAUUCACUGUCAUAACUCGUCGCUAUAAUGCUAAAUGUAGUGGUGAAGCCUCUAUGCUUUUCUACGAGCCUUUGGAGGGAGACAUCCACUACGUUUAA